AUGGAUAAAACACAAGAUUCAGGAGUUUUAGAAAUAGAGUAUUAAAAAUACCUUUUCUAAAUUACAAUUAUAAAUGAGAAAGAGAUAGGAUUACAAGUUGUAGAUAAAGAAGCCCUCCUUAUUUAUUAAGUAGAGAGACAUUAAUUUGGAAAUAUGAUCAGUCCAUCCACAUUGAUAGCAAUACUUAAUAAAAAAAAUGAAGAAAGCUUAUCAAUAAUUAUUGAAAACUUUUAAAACACUGAAAAAAAACUAUGCUUAAAGCUAAUCAUCAAGGUUUAAUACAACUUCCUUCCAUUAAUUUAAGAAACAAUAGUCUUGAAUUAGAAAAAUGAUAUGGAUAAAUUUGGAAUGCUUCAAAUCUAAUAGAAAUUAAUAAAUCAUAAAAUUUAUCAUCUUAAAGAGGAAUUUGACAAAAAAAAUAGGACAAAUUCUGGAGAAAAGUAUGUGCAAUUUGUCAAGACAGGAAACUAUUAUGACUAUCAACACUAGUUAGCUAAACUUGAAAUUCUAAAAGAAGGUAAAUAUGAAAUAAAUCUUUCACUUUACUACACUUAAUAAAGUGGUUAUAUUUGUCUGCAUCUAACAAGUUAAUAUUCAUUAGAUAAUCUGUUAAGUAUUCCUGAAUAAAUGAUUUAUGAUUAAAACUUAGAAUAAUAAUACCGUCCUCUAAUAAUAAGAACGAUUAAAGAUUUUUAAGCAGGUACUCUUUUAACUCUAUAUUCAGCAAAUUGUGAUUGUUAUCCUUGGUCAAUGAAGAACUUAAUACUUUCUGCUACUGCUAUCUGA